CCCGGCGGCGGCGGUGACGGGCACGGCCGGGACCAGCGGGGCUCCGUGAGGGACAGGGGCCGGCACCGGGAGCUCCCAGCAGCAUGGCAGAAGCCUCUGUCUCUCCACUGAAGCACUUUGUGCUGGCCAAAAAGACCAUCACUGCCAUUUUCGAUCAGCUGCUGGACUAUGUUACUGAGGGAGCAGCAUUUGUGGAAGCCACAUACAAGAACCCAGAGCUUGAACAUAUAGCAACAGAAGAUGAACUAGCAAAAAUACAAGCAUAUAAAAACAAGCUGGCAGUCAUUGGAGAGGUGCUCGCACGGAGACAUAUGAAAGUGGCAUUUUUUGGCAGAACAAGCAGUGGGAAAAGUUCAGUCAUUAAUGCAAUGCUGUGGGAUAAGGUACUUCCCAGUGGGAUUGGCCAUACCACAAACUGCUUCCUCAGUGUGGAAGGAACUGAUGGAGAUAAGGCUUACCUUAUGACAGAAGGAUCAGAUGAAAAGAAGAGUGUCAAGACAGUCAAUCAGCUGGCACAUGCACUUCACAUGGAUAAAGAUUUGAAGGCUGGCUGUCUGGUCCAUGUCUUCUGGCCCAAGUCAAAGUGUGCCCUGCUGAGAGAUGAUUUGGUUUUAGUGGACAGCCCUGGCACAGAUGUCACUACAGAACUGGACAGCUGGAUUGACAAAUUCUGCUUAGAUGCUGAUGUGUUYGUCUUGGUUGCCAAUUCUGAAUCAACUCUCAUGAACACGGAGAAACAUUUUUUCCACAAAGUGAAUGAACGACUUUCCAAGCCAAACAUCUUCAUCCUCAAUAAYAGAUGGGAUGCCUCUGCAUCAGAACCAGAAUACAUGGAAGAUGUGCGUAGGCAGCACAUGGAGCGCUGUCUGACUUUCCUGGUCGAUGAGCUCAAAGUUAUUGAUCCUGCAGAAGCAAGAAAUCGCAUCUUCUUUGUUUCGGCAAAAGAAGUUCUGAGUGCCAGGAGACAAAAGGCCCAAGGAAUGCCAGAGGAUGGUGGAGCACUUGCUGAAGGAUUUCAGACAAGAUUCCAAGAAUUUCAACAUUUUGAGAAGAUAUUUGAGGAGUGUAUCUCGCAGUCAGCCGUGAAAACCAAGUUUGAGCAGCACACUAUCAGAGCUAAACAGAUAAUAGAUACUGUGAAAAACAUUAUGGACACCAUAAACGUGGCAGCAGCAGAGAAAAGAGUCCAUUCCAUGGAAGAGCGAGAAGAUCAGAAGGACAGGCUGGACUUCGUUCGAAAUCAGCUGAACAUUUUGACAGAAGAUACCAAGGAAAAAAUCAAACGCGUUACAGAGGAAGUCGAAAAUAAAGUCUCCUCUGCCAUGUCUGACGAGAUUUGCCGGCUUUCAGUUUUAGUUGAUGAAUUUUAUUCCGAUUUUCACCCUUCUCCUCAAGUGUUGAAGCACUAUAAGACGGAACUGAACAAACACAUAGAAGACGGUUUGGGAAAGAACCUGGCUGAGCGCUGCUCCACUGAAGUCAACCAGUCCAUUCACCAGUCCCAGCAGGAGAUAAUUGAAAAUCUGAAACCAUUGUUGCCUUCUUGUGUUCAGAAUCAGCUGCACUUGCUAGUUCCUUGCAGGAAGUUUGACCUUAGCUACGAUCUAAACUGUCAUAGCCUGUGUGCAGAUUUUCAAGAGGAUAUCAUGUUCCACUUYUCUUUGGGAUGGACUUCUCUUGUAAACCGUUUCUUGGGUCCUAAACAAGCUCAGAAAGUACUCCUGGGACUAGCAGAUCCAAACCUACAUAUCCCUCGCCCUUUAGCCAGCACCCCGUCUACCACCAGCCUUCCCGCCACAACUCCUGAGAAYGUGCCCCAGGAUGACUUUAUGGUUCCUCUGGUGUUGAAUUUAGCCUCGCUGACGUCCCGGACCUCCAUGAGCAUCAUCGUUGUUGGCGGAGUGAUUUGGAAGACCGUAGGCUGGAAACUGAUCUCGUUCUCGCUGAGCAUGUACGGGCUGCUGUACCUGUACGAGAGGCUGACCUGGACCACGCGGGCCAAGGAGAGAGCCUUCAAGCAGCAGUUUGUGAACUAUGCCACUGAGAAGCUGCAGAUGAUUGUCAGCCUCACCAGUGCCAACUGCAGCCACCAGGUGCAGCAGGAAAUGGCCACCACCUUUGCUCGGCUCUGUCAGCAGGUGGAUAUUACUGAGAGAAACCUGGAAAAAGAAAUCGCUAGGCUGUCCAAAGAAAUAGAUCAGUUGGAGAACAUACAGAGCAGCUCCAAACAGCUGAGAAAUMAAGCCAUUCACCUUGAGAACGAGCUAGAUCGCUUCACAAAACAUUUUCUUCAAAAGAGUAAAUAAAAUGUCAUUCUGAACCCUCCCGGUGCUCCUUUGUAGGGCAAAGUAGAAAUUUUACAGGUUGGCACUUUGCUAUUUGGAGUCACUUGAAAUUAUUUCUAUUUUUAAUGUUACUCUGGUGACACUUAUUGUUUUAAAACUUGGACUCUGAUGGUGAAUCAGACUGAAGAGCUGUGGUACUCUUGAGUGUUCUGUUUGUUUUGCAGAUUUUGGGUUAAAAAUUACCUUUAAACACUAAUUUUUUUUUGGCACUUGACAGCAAAACCCCAAAUCCUCACUGGUUUUUAUGAGUAUGUAGCAGUGGCAAGUCUGACUUCCUGGCAUCCAGGACCUUAGGCAGGAAAAGAGCUUAUCCCAGUUUCCUGCUUUCAGCUGCUUAGGAAUUGUCCAGGAAUGAAGCGUUUUCCAUGUAGGUGUGAUUUUGUUUAGUGAAGUACAAACUGGCAUGGGAAAGGACUCCUGCCAYGUUUGGAAAGCAGGUGCCAAUGUGCUUUAAAGAAAAGGAAAAGGUCCCUUUUCUUUAAGGGCAGUGAAAGCUGAGGGUAAACUGCACUAAGGAAAUGCAGUGGGCUCAGGGUCCCUGUGGCCACCUCAGUGAGCCAAGAGGGCAGUGGUUAAGUACAAAUGAACCUAUUUCUUGCAGGUGCUAAAGCAGGGAAAUGGUUCUUUGCCUGUGAGCACAUGGACCGUGCUCAGGUGAGCUCAGGUGUGUCAGUGCCUCGCGCUCACAGCCAGGCACAGCAGUGUUUGCCAAGAUGGUCUGCACAGGAUUGCUGCAGGUUGGGGGUCAGCAGUGACCUGGAGAUCCUGCUGCUGGAUUCAGGGAGCAGGACAUGGUGAAACCCCAUCCCUCCCUGACCCCUCCCUUGGUUCUCCUGCAGAACAGGUCUCCUCUAGGUCAGACUCCAGGCAGCUGUGCUGGAGUCCUUCACCUCUGCUCACCUCCAGCAAAGCCUCUUUUAAAAGUUUCUGCUGUUGCUAUCUGCAAUCAUUCAACAUCUACUUUUUUCUAACUAGACUUUUUAAAAUUAUUUUAAAAGAAAAGCCUUUUCAGAGUAUUUAUAUAUUUUUAUGGCAGUGUUAACAUUGACUAAAUUAAAUAUUCAGCUCUUGGAUAGGAAUUUGCUAUUUUCCAGCAAUGAAGGGCUGUUGCAUCUAUUUCCUGAAAGAUGUAAUGCUAGAGGCGUUAAGGGAGGAUAAGGAAUCGUUCCUCCAGUGUGUUCAGGUCUUUGUUCUGACUGUGCAUGGGGAGUCCUGUGGGUUUGAGGGGAACUGUGGCAUCCACGAGUAAGUAUGGGCCCCACCUUGGUGUGGGUGAGGGCACAGCUGUGUAUCAGUGCUCUGUUUGUGGAGCAUUUGUAUUGAUAUUGUAUCAAGACAAAACUUUAAAUGCAUGUGUUCUAAAGUUAUUUAUUAAAAAAAACUACUAUCCCUGUGCUCCAGUAAGUUCUUUGGCAGCUCUGUCCAAGUCCUGCACGUCACUCCCACAGGUAAUGGAGAUCCAGGACAGGUCCCAGCUGCUGCCGUGUGGCUGCUCCAUCCCCAUCCCAGGGACCCUGCAGGCCAGGGGCUGCUGACACAACACGGAUAGCUGAUCCAGGCUGGUGAAAAGCACUUGUUUAUUGGUUACAAUAUCAACUCAUGGCAACAUCUUUCACUGAGCCACUGUACAAAUACAAAGAAAAAGAUCCAUCAUGGAAAAAAAAAAAAAAAGCUAUAAACAAAGUUCAUAGCAAGUGAUUUUUUGUCACAGGGAAGUCUUUUUACAACAGCACUGUUAAAGAACAAAUGGCACAAGUCCCUGGUUUUUUAAUAGCUUAAAUAAAAGCUUUAAGACUGUUUCUGAAUACAUACACAAUCCAAAGGCAGUGCAGAAUCACUUCAUAAUUGGUAACAUUACUGAAGUUUUCCAAAGUAGUCAGCAACAAGUGAAAACAAAACAAAAAAAGCUGAYGAGAGAUGCUGGGAACUAACGGCAAAAUAAAAUCAAGCAUGUUUAGAAGCAUUUUGCUUUGGACUCCUUUGGAUGUAAUAUGUACUACAAGUGUUCAGAUGCUUUUAUUUAAAAAAAAAAAAGAAAAACACAAAGAGAGCACCAUUGUGUAAGUAAAACAAAGGCUUGAAAUACCUAAGACUAUUCCACCGAAGUCCAUAUUAGUUAAAACCUAAACAUACUGUGUGGUAUAAGAAUGUCAGGCACAUGUAAUCUGUUAUCAGUUAUAUCAAUUAGUAACACUGUUCACACAUUUACCAUAACAACACUGCAUUAACAUUCUGCAUGUAUUUUACAUAACCAGCAAUUGGAUAAAAGGCUCUGGUGCCUCUGAAGUGUAGGAGGAGUGUGACCAGCAUGCAUGCCAGAGUACUGGAUACACAGUGCACCAUCAACCCAUGCUAAGUACUUGUACAGGAAAUGCUAUCUCAAAACCAGCCAUUCUGCUACACAACCAUCGAUACCAACUAGUCCAAUUAGCCAAUACUCUCACCAACAUCUUAAAGCACAGCACUAAACCUAGUGGAGGUGACAGUGUCCCCAAAGGGGACAGACUACAACUCUUGGAAUGUUUUCACAAUGUUUUCAUUCCACCUUAAAGUAAUUAGUAUGAACUUCAUCGUGGGAUGAGCAGUUACACAACUGAAGUAAGGAGUCAACUACUUCCAACCCAUGGAUUACAGUAAGGACACAGCGGGACCUGCUGCUGCACCAGCUCGGCUUCGCCAAGGCAAGGUCAGGCCCUGUCCUGCACAGGGAAAAGCCUCUGAUCCGUGUUCCCUUUGGAAUGGCACAAAUCCUGGCACUACACGGAGCUGUCAGCACUGCCAUGGAUCUGCAGCUCAGCACAGCAGAGGACAGCAAAGGGCUGCAGACAGAUGGAACCAGGCCACAGUACUGAAGUGCACAAGCAAACAUCAGCACGGAGCCACAGCAGCUUUUUGUGGUUUCCAGAAUCUCAGCCUCUUUCUCCAAUAAACAGCAGCCAAGGCUACACUGGGAACGAGCCCAGGCUGGGCACUUGCCUGAASGGACAACUCUCUACUGCAAAGUUAAAUCACAUUAGAAAAUGCUGACAAACUCUACCAGAAUAAAAUAAAUCUUGUUGCACCAAGCACAUGGUUCUGCUUCCCAAGCCAUAACCAAUUGCCUUUACAAGAGAGGCUGGGCAAGAGUUACUCUGCCACCGUUUGGCACAAWGCUCUUGGUUACUCCAGUUCUGUAAUGACACAACUUAUUUGAAAUUCAGCUAAGGAUGUAAGCAAACUUUUAAAGCCAGUGAAGAUGUGCCCACUAGUGCUGCCAGACCUGCUGCAAGUGAGUUUGCUGUCAUGGUGCAGUCAGAAAUCUCACAAGCUGCACACCCAGGCCCAUGCCAACUGCAGGCAYACAGCAGUUUCUUUGAAAUUCAAAGCUGGGUUAACACCUUUAAAGUAAAAUCUAUCAAAGGUUAUUUUAUUACCUUCCUUCUUUUAGGAGGAGUCUGAGCUUUUACCAUAAAAGCCACCUCCAUUUUAGCUGGGGCAUCAACCUCGAGACGUCCUUGCCAGCUGUUUGAAGAAGGGAAUGCCACAGCCUGAGUCACUCCGUGGCACCACAAAGCACCUGAGAUACUGCAAUCUGCAGGCUUAGAAAAUAACCCAUGGCCAGGGCAGUCAUGGAACAGCAAACACCACCUGGGCAGGAUCUAUCACAGGCUUCCUACAAGCUCCAAAGAUGCACCAGAUGCCAUUUCCCCCGCCGUGCUCRGGCUUCUCCCAGGUCUCGUGUGCUGACACAGGAGCCCCUCAGACCUGACCGGGCAGCAGAGGCAGGCAGAGCUCUGUGAUGUCGUUGGACACCUCAGCAAGUGUUGGCAUUCCUUGGUUAAAUUUUAAAAGCAGCUGAAUCCAAGAGACAACAGCCAUCCAACAAUGACAGUGAAGUUAUUCGCAGUAAUACCUGUACAAGAGCCAUUACCACUGUUACAGGCUACCUGAACUGGUAAGAAAAGUUAUAUACAGCUGUAAAAUUGGUUUUGGAGUUUCACAAGUAGAAACCAGUUUUAAUACCAGAAUGUAAAAAUGGCACCUGUCUYGGCAAAGGUGUUGACUAGGAAAUUGGUUCAAAACACACUUCUAUGGAAAAAUUUUUUU